AUGGCUCAGGCAUUCAACAGACUCGGAGGAAUCUUCCCCAAGGGCAGCGGAAAGGGCAUCGCCGGUGGUGUUGGCGCCCUCUUGGCUCUCGGUGGAGUCGGAUACGGACUCAACGCUUCUCUCUUCAACGUUGAUGGAGGUCACCGUGCAGUCAAGUACUCGCGCGUGUUCGGUGUUCAGAAGGAGGUUUUCAACGAAGGAACUCACUUUGUGAUCCCCUGGUUUGAGACCCCCAUCAUCUACGAUGUCCGUGCCAAGCCCAGAAACGUCGCCUCCUUGACCGGAACCAAGGAUUUGCAGAUGGUCAACAUCACCGUCCGUGUGCUGUCCCGCCCUCGCGUCAACGACUUGGCCGAGAUCUACCGCACGUUGGGUCUGGAUUAUGACGAGCGCGUCUUGCCCUCGAUUAUUAACGAGGUUGCCAAGUCGGUCGUCGCCCAGUUCAACGCCAGUCAGCUUAUCACCCAGCGUGACCGUGUCUCCCGCUUGGUUCGCGAGAACUUGAUCAAGCGUGCCGCUCGCUUCAACAUGGUUCUUGACGAUGUCUCGAUUGUCCACAUGGCCUUCUCGCCCGAGUUCACCCAAGCUGUCGAGGCUAAGCAAAUUGCCCAGCAGGAGGCUCAGCGUGCCGCUUUCGUUGUCGACCGCGCCAUUCAGGAGAAGCAGUCGAUCAUUGUCAAGGCUGAGGGAGAGGCCCGUUCCGCCGAGCUCCUUGGUGACGCCAUCAAGAACAAGCCUGGAUUCAUUGAGCUCAGGAAGAUUGAGGUUGCUCGUGAGAUUGCUACCAUCAUCUCUCAUUCCUCCAACCGUGUCAUGUUGGAUGCCGACACCUUGCUUUUGAACGUCAGCGAGCAGAAGUAA